CGGUACAUGAUCGAUCACACGAACAAGCGGGGGACUGUUUUACUCAGUUAUUGUGCGUGUGUGUUCUGGCAGCGAGCGUCUUCUAAUUCACCUUUUCCAUCGCUCCACAUCGCAGUAGGCAGUCUGUAUUUUGCAAGCUCUCAACGCUUAUCAUCCCAAACGCAAAAUGACUUGCAAUGUCGUACCGAAUGCAAUCUUCAAGAAUGGUAACAGUAUUCCCAUGUUUGGACUGGGCACCUGGAACUCUCCCCCGGGACAGGUGGCGCAGGCGGUAAAGGACGCGAUUGACGUCGGCUAUCGGCACAUUGACUGUGCUCACGUCUACCAGAACGAGCAUGAGGUGGGCGAAGGAAUUGCGGCCAAAAUUGCCGAAGGUGUUGUGAAGAGAGAGGAUCUCUUUGUGACGAGCAAACUGUGGAACACGUUUCAUCGGCCCGAUCUGGUCGAGGGUGCUUGUAAGACAACGCUGCAGAACCUUAAGCUGGACUAUCUCGACCUCUACCUGAUCCACUGGCCGGUAGGCUACCAGGAAGGUACGGAACUCUUCCCGAUGGGACCGGAUGGGAAGACGUUCCUCUUUUCCGACGCCGAUUACGUCGACACCUGGCCCGAGAUGGAGAAGCUCGUUGAUGCGGGUCUGGUGCGCAACAUUGGAGUGUCGAAUUUCAAUGCCAAACAGGUGCAGCGUGUGCUGGACGUUGCACGCAUCCCACCCGCCACCAACCAGAUAGAGUGCCAUCCUUAUCUGCACCAGUCGAAAAUUACUUCAUUCUGUGCGGAGAAGGGCAUCAUCGUUACCGCGUACAGUCCGCUCGGUUCGCCGGCGAGACCCUGGGUUAAGGCGGACGAUCCGGUACUGAUGGAUGAUGCUACGGUUGGCCAGCUGGCGAAGAAGCAUGGCAAGAGUGCGGCACAGAUUUUGAUCCGCUACCAGAUCCAGCUGGGUCACGUCGUUAUUCCGAAGUCGGUUACCAAGGAGCGCAUUGCGUCAAACUUUGAUGUGUUUAGCUUCCAGCUGGACGAGGAUGAUAUGAAGCAGUUGGCGGGGUUGGAGCGCAAUGGACGUAUUUGUCCGGAAUCGAGCGCUUUCGGACAUCCGCAUCAUCCGUUCGAGAAGGAAGAGUAAUAAUCGCAUAAUAGACCGAGAUAUAGAAAUGCGGCGCAUUUGCUAGGUUAGAGACUUGUUACAUUUAAUAAAACACACACAAAAAUAUUACAAAUAAAAUUGUAACUUUGCUCUAAUUAA